CAUAAAGGUCGCGUACGCACGCGCAGACGGGAGCAGGCUCCUUGGUGCUGUGGCGGUGUGGUUGACUAGGGUGCUACUUGGAGUCGUGUGGCCCUUGAAAACCCCGCGUACCCACCGCUGCCUCCUCUGGUCCUCGCCAUGUUCCUCACUCGGUCCGAGUACGACAGGGGUGUGAAUACUUUUUCUCCAGAAGGAAGAUUGUUUCAAGUGGAAUAUGCCAUUGAGGCUAUCAAGCUUGGUUCUACGGCCAUUGGCAUCCAGACAUCAGAGGGCGUAUGUCUAGCUGUGGAGAAGAGAAUUACCUCCCCACUAAUGGAGCCUAGUAGCAUCGAGAAAAUUGUAGAGAUUGAUGCUCAUAUAGGUUGUGCCAUGAGUGGGCUAAUUGCUGAUGCUAAAACUUUAAUUGAUAAAGCCAGAGUGGAGACACAGAACCAUUGGUUCACCUAUAAUGAGACAAUGACAGUGGAGAGUGUCACCCAGGCUGUGUCCAAUCUGGCUUUGCAGUUUGGAGAAGAAGAUGCAGAUCCAGGUGCCAUGUCUCGUCCCUUUGGAGUAGCAUUGUUGUUUGGAGGAGUUGAUGAGAAAGGACCCCAGCUGUUCCAUAUGGACCCAUCUGGGACCUUUGUACAGUGCGAUGCUCGAGCAAUCGGCUCUGCUUCAGAGGGUGCCCAGAGCUCCUUGCAAGAAGUUUACCACAAGUCUAUGACACUGAAAGAAGCCAUCAAGUCUUCGCUCAUCAUUCUCAAACAAGUAAUGGAGGAAAAGCUGAACGCCACGAACAUAGAGCAGGGCUCUUACUGCAGCUCUCAGCCUGAGAGUCUUUGGAAAAGAGGCCCAAGACUUAGAGCUUCAAAUGCUCCUCCGAUUCUGAUGGCCGAAGUUACCCCAGCCAUUGUGAGAGGUAUAGCUCUCAAGCCUUUCUUCCCUCUUGGUCAGGUUUUCAGUUGGCACUUGUAUCCAUCCCUUCUACAAGAUGCUCCUUCUGCGAAAAGACAAAUUUAAAGAAAAAGGUGGUAGCACACACCUGUAACUUCAGCCUUUGGAGACAAUGCUUGAGUUCCCAGCUAACCUGGGCCACAUAGCAAGACUAUCAAAGCAAAACAGACAAGUGGGGCAUGGUGGUAUAUACCUGUAAUCCCAGUACUUGGGGCAGAAACAGGAAUGAUGCAGGAGUCCAGACCAGUCCAGUCUGUGUAGGACAGGACAAUAGUGAGACCCUGUCUCUAAAAACAACAAAAACAUCUUCCACUUAAUGUGUGUCCUGUCUUUUAAAGAAAUCUACUUUUCUGUAUAAGUUAUACACAGUAACAUCAACCCAUUUAGGUAUGGAAUUCAUUGACCUUUGACAACUAUAACUCUGUAUCUGCCACCAUGGUCAAUACAAACAUUUUUAUCCUCCUCUCCCAAGUUCCCUCUAGCCCCAUUGUAGUCUCUUAGAACUGUAGGUUUGUAUUGCAUUGUAGAAUUUCAUACAAGUGGGUACUUUGACUCAGCUUGUUGACAUGCACCUGGCUUGUCAGUUGACUUAGAUUUUACUGCUGUGGGAUAUUCCUUGAGCCUGCUAUAUAACUGUAUUGCUAAGUCUAUUUUUCCAAACAGAAGCUAUAUUCAGUAUCUAUGUCUCCUUACUCAUUCCUUAGUCAUUACCAUUUAUUUCUGCUUUUUAGUUCUCAAGACUGCCCCUUGCUGUGGUAACUCCUGCUUGUCAGUAUUUCCUGACAGCUCUAGAGCUCUCAGCUGACCGUCUAAUGCUGUCACCCUGCUCAACAGUCCUAAAUUAAACACUAUCUUUCCAGAAAUACUGCUUCCCCUUCCAAUAUUUCUCAUCCUGGUUGAUAAGAACAGCCAGUAUACUUGUCAUUCACAGCAGAAGCCUAGAAGACUUUGACCUCCUCUCCUAGUCUCUAAUGCUGUAUAGUGAGGCACUCUAGACCCUCCCAGAGUCUGGAGCUUUGCCUACUUAAUGACUGGUGAAUGAUUAUGUUGAGAUUUGUACCCAGGUCUUUUUUUUUUUACGUUCUAAAUUUUUUGUUUUGUUUGUUUUUAAUAGGGUCUUACUAGGUGGGUCAGGCUGUCCUGGAAUUCUCUGUAUAGUUCAGGAUAUACUCAGCCACUGAGUCACCUGACUCAACCUAGUGCUGAGUUUAUAUAGGUGCGUUCCACCACAGCUAAGGCUCUAGAUUUUUAAACUGCUACAAUAUAACUCUGCAUGAGAUGUGAGCCAGUGUCCUCUUCAUCUCAUCCUCCAUUCCACCUGUCCUUACAGAAUUACCUCAUUUUGCAAAUAUUGUAUUCAUGUUUGUAUGCAUUUGCACAUCCAGCCUGUACUUCCUCUCCUUCAUUGUCCAGUUAAUACACAACUCAAAAGUGUCCUUUUCCUUGACUCCUCCCUGAACCUCUGGGCCUUCCAAACACUCAGCACUGUUCUAACGUCGGGUGACAUUGAGAGUCUCUGGUGUCUUUAGGAAGUGAGGAGCAGGACUUUUAGCUCAAGUCCUGUUUGCUAGCACCUCUAGUAUAUACAUGGAUUAUUGAUAAAGAGAGAAGACAUCUGUGCACCUUCCUCAUGGAGGUUUUAUAAGAGUUGAGUGAAAUAAUAAAACGUCUUAUUCAUUAUGUAAAUGCAUAUCAUUAUGUGAAUUAUAUGGGUUAUUUUUACUUGCCUAGUGAUGAGUAACUUCCUGAAGGAAGUGCAGGGUUCAAAACCUGUUAGUUUUCAUUUCCCUCCUGGUUCUAUAGGAUCUUUUUAUUCAAAGUUUGCCAAGUUUCUGUUUUUAGCUCCUGUAAGCUUUUGGGAGGAUUACCCCUGGGACAUGAGUGACCUCACAGAACUAUCCUAGUAGUCUUGAUUCCUUUUACUGAUACUGCAUGUCUGUUCUCACUGAUAUUGCAGAAGUAAAGAUACCUUAAGAGAAGUGGGAAUUCUAGUUAUAGUUAUAGUACCCUAAUCUUAGAAUUCAUUUAUAGGCUGUCUGGACUAGAAUACAUUGCUUAAUAUGUAUUAGUAAAAUAAAAUUGAAGUUCUUCAGACAUUUCUGUAAUUGGAGAUAUCUUUUGGAAGAAUCUACUAGACAGGCUUUGUGGUGAAGGCAUUUAUUUUUAUCUUUUCCCAGAUCAGAUUGUUAGAUGUCUUCCCCCCCUCCCGAAUUUUACUUAUUUAAAAAGAAUAAUAACGAUAGAACUAGACUGUGCUAGUUUUGUCUGCUAACUUUUAAUUAAUCCUAUUUCUAAAUGCUGUAGAGUGGGGUUGGGAGAUAGUUUAGUCAGUACAAUGCUUACAGAGAUCUGAGUUUGAUCUUCAGAAUCCAUGUAAAAAUGCCAGGCAUGAAGGUAUGUAUGUGCUUGUAAUCUCAAUGUUUAGGAGGCAAAGAUAGGCGACUCCCUGGGGCUCAUCAGGCAGCCAGCUUACUUGGUGAAUUCCCAGGCAAGUAGAGUUCGUAUCUGAACAAAAACAAGGUAGACAGGGGCUGGAGAGAUGGCUCAGUGGUUAAGAGCAUUGCCUGCUCCUCCAAAGGUCCUGAGUUCAGUUCCCAGCAACCACAUGGUGGCUCACAACCAUCUGUGAUGAGAUCUGGUGCCCUCUUCUGGCAUACAAACAUACAUGGAAGGAAGGAAUGUUGUAUACAUAAUAAAUAAAUAAAUCUUUAAAAAAAAAAAAAACAAGGUAGACAGCACCCAAGGAACAACAGCCAAGUUUGUCCUCUGGUCUCCAUGUACACAUGUACCUGCAUGUGAACACACAUGUUCACACAUACAACAUACACUGUGUACAGUUUUAAAAUGUAAGAAGACAGUAUGGAAAAGAUGACAUUUAAAACAAGCACAGGGGCCCGGGAAGGGGCCCGGGCAGUUAAGAGCACGGACUGUUUCCCAGAACCCGUGUGAUGGCACACAGCUGCCUGUAACGCCAGCUUCAGGUGACCUGACACCUGCUUCUGGCUUCCACAAGCUCCCACACGUGCCCAUAAAAUCAUGCAGGCCCACACAUAUUAGCGUAAACUUGAAAAAACAAAUAAAUCUUUAGCCAUCUGAGACCGAUGUGAACUAACACCUGUUUGUCAGGGUUUCCCCCAUCUUGGGGUUCUGUGCUGUCUCUUAAAUCUUUAAGGUAGUGUUUCUUUUGGUUGGAGGUGUUGGCACUGCCAGCUGCGGGUUUACUGGUACCCAAGAUGAUUUCCUCUUGCAGUGCUGCUGGAUGCUCUUCAUUCUCCCCUUAAACAAAACCCCCUUUGCCACAGAACAGCUGUAGAGAAAAUAUCUUAACAAAGAAUCAUUGCUAACAAUUGUUUUAACAUCCUAAAUACUUUGCAUGGAUUAACAUUUAAUCUUCACUGCUACUCUACGGAUAUUUAGUGUUUCCAUUUUACAGGUGAGGAAAUAGAGAAGACACAGGCUGGACAAGUAAUCCAAUAUCACACAAGUUCAUUAUGGAAGUUUACAAAUGUGCCAUAAAUAUAUUUCUUUGGGGCUGGGAAUAUAGCCCAGUGUUAGGACGCUUGUCUAGGGCAUGCUGGACCCUAAGUUUGAUUUUUACAUUCAAGUGUGUGUGUUUGUGCACACGUGCACGCGCAUGCAUGUAUGAGCACACGUACUUUAUUUUCUAUGUGUAGUGUGUGUAGGGCAGGCAUACAUACAUACUGUGGUAUUUCUAUGAGCUUAGAGAAAAAUUUUUAAAGAGUCAGUCUGUCCUUCCACAGCGGGAUCUGAGGAUCAUACUCAGGCAGUCAGACUUGGGUGACAGGUGUCUUCACUUCCUGAACUAUCUUUGUGGGCUGGGCCGGACUUUAAAGACACUCCUAGGGGCUAGAGAGAUGACUCAGCAGUUAAGAGCACUGACUGCUCCUCCAAAGGUCCUGAGUUAAAUUUUCAGCUCACAUUCAUCUAUAAUGGGAUCCGAUGUCCUCUUCCGGCUUGCAGUCGUGCCUGCAGACAGAGCACUCAUGCUCAUAAAAUACAUUAAAGAAAUCUUUUUAAAAACAAUUAUAUAUUCAUAUAUAAUGAAAAAUAACCACUAUAUACAUACAUACAUACACACAAACACGCACACAUACACACAAAUGUUAUUUACCCCUAAAGGAAUCUAGCUGAAAGCAAAUGUACUAGCUCUGUGUUUUGUUUUUUGUUUGCUUUUUUUUUUUUUUUUUGAGGGGGGGAGUGUGCUUUGAGACAGGGUUUCCCUAUGUAGCCCUGGCUGUCUUAGAACUCACUCUGUAAACCAGGCUGGCUUCAAACUCACAGAGAUCUGCCUGCCUGUGCCUCCUGAGUGCUGGGAUUAAAGGUGUGCGCCACCACUGCAGGGCCCGGCUCUGUGUACUAUGUUGUUUUUGCUUUUGUAAUGCUUACUGAAGUAACUUUAAGAGGUAACAGUGAUGUCAGUUUGCAUAACUGUUAUGUGGUGGAUUAACCUCAAAAUAGAAAAAUUGGUCAAUGAGAAUUUUUAUUUGGGAGUCAGAGUUAUUUUAGGGACCUGCUGCGCCUGUAAAGGAUACCCCAGGACAGCAGAUCCCUUAGUUCCUAAUAAACAGCUGCCUCACCAACACUUCUGACCAAGCUAGGGCCAUCAGCAAGUAGCCCGACUCAGCUUACUUACUAACCCCUUUCUAUUUCU